GGCUAGGCCGUUCGGGAUGAGAAGGUACCACCUUCCCUCAGCGGCUUCGCGUGUUCUCCUCCCCGUUACGUCGUCGACGGCCUUCCGGGAUUUGAGAGAGAGAGAGACAGCGAGUUCCAGCCAUUGCGUGUGAUUUUCAAGAAUUUUUACCAACCUCAACGACGUGGGUCUCUCUCUCUCUCUCUCUGGUUGAGAAUUCGAUUAUUUACUCUCUGGCCCUGCGGGGUGCAGUGAGUGGAGACAGAAAGGGUGCGAUAUGGGCUCCCAGAGCGAGUCAUCAGAGCUGCUUCUAGAGAGAGGGAGAGAGAGAGAGAUGGGCGCCAUAACACCAGAGUCUUUUCUAGAGAAAGGGGAGAAUCACCAGAUGACGGGCCACUCAUGAUUUGAAGGCUCUGAGAGUCUGAAAAGGAGCAACUGACUUGGUGGGUAGAGAGAGAGAGAGAGAGAGGGAAGGAGAUAUCCCAUCCCCAUUGUUGUGCUUGGUUGUAGAUAGAGGUCGUGUUGGUUUUGUCGUGUUGGCCGAUAGGGAGGGAGUUUUGAGGCCUGCUGCUAAAUUUUCCUUACCCUUUGAGCGUUUCCCAAUGAUAAAGUUGUUUCAUUAAUCUCUUUGGGUUGUGAGCACCUGGCAGCCCAGAAAGGUAGACUGUGCUUCGCGGGUUCCUUGUGAUCUGAUAAGCGGAAGGAGAAAUUCUUGGGUAUUUUUACAGUUUGGAGAUUCUGGAAUCGUAUUCGAGCCUUUGGAGAUCCUUAAGAAUUCGGGAUGCUUACAAUCGCAAGAAGGCGUGGGGAAUCAUGGGCUUGAAGCGCCGUCGUGGGUGAGAUGUGGUAUGCUCUGUGGUUUGAUGGGAAUCUUCUCUCUCUGUUGCCGUUCCUUUGAUGUUGCCGAGGAAGGGAGAGAGGGGCUUCUGAGAUACAGAGAUUUGGGGCGCCAUGCCUUUGGGGAGUUCUCUACAGCCAUCAUCCAGGCCAAUCAAGUGCUGGAGGAUCAGAGCCAGAUAGAAUCAGGGCCAUUCGGGACGUUCGUUGGCGUCUACGAUGGCCAUGGAGGCGCUGAAGCCGCACGUUACGUUCGGGAGAACCUCUUUCAGCACUUCAAAAGACUUCUAUCAGAAGCUGAAGUUAUGUCCCCUUCCAUCAUAGAUAGGGCCAUUCAGGAAACGGAGGCCGGAUUUACUACCCUUGUUUCAGAACAAUGGACCACAAAACCACAGAUGGCAACAGUUGGGUCCUGUUGUCUGGUUGGUGUGAUCUGCCAGAGAACACUUCAUGUGGCCAAUCUUGGGGAUUCGCGUGUUGUACUUGGGAAGUAUCUAGGCAGAGAAAUUGCUGCAAUACAGUUGUCUACAGAGCAUAAUGCUAACCAAGAGGCUGUGCGACAAGAAUUGAAGGCAAUGCAUCCUGAUGACUCACAGAUUGUGGUCUUAAAACAUGGAGUGUGGAGGAUAAAGGGUAUUAUUCAGGUUUCAAGAUCAAUUGGUGAUGUUUACUUGAAGCAUCCGCAGUUUAACGGGGAAUCAAUCAAUGGAAGGUUCAGAGUUCCAGAACCAGUAAAAAUGCCUGUUUUAACUGCUAAUCCAUCUAUAAUUUCACUUAAUCUCCGACCAUGUGAUUCAUUUCUUAUAUUUGCCUCGGAUGGUCUCUGGGAACACUUGAGCAAUGAGAAAGCCGUGGAAAUUGUUCACAAGCAUCCAACAGCUGGAAGCGCAAAAAGACUUGUGAAAGCUGCUCUACAAGAAGCUGCCAGGAAAAGGGAGAUGCGAUACGGGGACCUCAGAAAAAUAGACCGUAAAGUUCGGCGCCAUUUUCAUGAUGACAUAACAGUUAUUGUAUUGUUCUUGAAUCAUGAUCUCAUCUCAAGAGGUACGACACAAGGUUCUCCAAUAUCAGUUCAUAGUUCUUUGGAGCAUUAAGUGCAUGUUAUCUAUUCAUUUUUUGCACCGGCCCAAAAAGCUGGUGGCUUGCACAAUUCGAAUCCAGCAGCAUGCAAGUUGUAUUAAGCAGUGAAGAGAAGCAUUGGUCAAGAGAGUAGCUAGUCCUGAAUUCUUGUGUUGGACUCGUUGUACGAAUAGUGGGAAAUCAUUGGCUUGUAUCUGUUUAUCCAAUAUGAAUACAAAUUUUGUCCUAGAAGGCUCGUAUCUUCUAAUGCUACUAUCAAAACGUUGUGAGGGA